AUGAACGUCAGCGAAGAGAACCUGCUCAAGUCCAUCAGCAACGACGCGCUCCUCGACCUGACGCAGCGCUACGGCCAGUCAGCCUUCGGGUUUGGCGCUGGCCAUGGUGCUGGAAGUCCCGGCCGCUUCCCGCUCACGCCGGCCACCGACUUCCUCUCCGGGCAGACCGCGAAGUCCAACGAGAGCGGCGGGGAGCACACGAGCGACGACGAGGACGGCUUCGACUCGCUGGAGUCCCGGAAGAGGGGCUCGUCGUUCGGGGACGACAAGCCCGGGGGGGCCCUGGCCAAGAAGUCCAAGGAGCAGCGAUCCCUGCGGCUCAGCAUCAACGCCCGGGAGAGGAGGAGGAUGCACGACCUGAACGACGCGCUGGACGGCCUGCGCGCCGUUAUUCCCUACGCCCACAGCCCCUCGGUGAGAAAACUCUCCAAAAUAGCCACUCUCCUCCUGGCCAAGAACUACAUCCUCAUGCAGGCUCAGGCUCUGGAGGAGAUGAGGCGGCUGGUGGCGUAUCUGAACCAGGGACAGACCAUAACCUCACCGAUCCCCACCGCCCUGGCGCCCUUUGGACAGGCUGCCGUCUACCCCUUCUCGGGUUCCGCACUCGCCACCUGUGCCGAAAAGUGCACUACUUAUUCCGGGGCACCGUCGAGUCUCUUCAAACACUGUAACGACAAGCCUUGA